AUGAAGACAAAUUGGAACAGUGGCAUGGAGUAUGGUUUUUCGAUGAUAAGGAUGAUAAUGUGGAUAGUCGGUGUAUGGCCUUUGCAUCAGGACGAUAUAGUAUGUACAUUUCGUUGGAUUAUCAUAUUCAUCGAGCAGUCUCUCACAAUGAUCUGCUUGCUGAUAGAACUUUUCAUAAACUGCGGUGACAUCAAAGACGCUCUGGAGUUUUUUCUUGUAAUGGAGGCGAACUUACAUUCGUGGAUAAAUAUCGUUUUCGCGCGCAUUUACAUGAAAAAGAUUGCUGUCAACGUGACAUCUGCGAUUGACGAUUGGUCGUCUUCGUCAAUAGAGAAGCAGUCUUAUUUAAUAAUGAUGGGAUAUGCACGAAUAGGUCGAAUGAUCACUGUGUCUCAAUUAAUGAUUGGAUUUAUAGCCGCUGUCGCCUUCAUAAUCUAUACGGCUGAAUGUUCAAGCGAUUGCUUCUUCUUUGCUAUUACUAUGCACCUUUGUGGUCAACUAAAACUCUUGAGAAUUCGCUUUAUUGAACUCAUUGGUAAAAGUACCAACGAGAGGAAUCAUUAUCGUAGCAUAUUGGGAUCUUGGAUCAGAAGACAUUACAAACUGAUAAUACUGGCCAGAAAUAUCGAAGACACCUUCAAUCUCAAUGUCUUAUUUCGUUUAUCAAUAACUACCAUUUUCAUUGCGGUUUCAGCAAAAAGCACGAUCUUCGUUCAGUUUUAUAUUGUGCAGUCCUUCUUGUUUACACACGCCGGUGAAACUUUACGAAAACAAAGUGAAUCGAUCGUUUUGGCAAUAUAUAAUACAACGUGGCACAAACUGCCGCCCUCUGUAGUGAAGGAUUUCAUAUUUAUUAUGAUGAGGGCGAAGAUUCCUCUUCAACUUACUGCUGGAAAAUUUUUUUAUGUAACUCGAAGCACUAUUACAGAUAUUUUGAAGACUGCAUUAUCAUACAUAUCGUUUUUACAAAUGGCAGUAGAAUAA